UCGUCUUGCUUUUCUAUGUGGCAGUCAAAUUCAGUUGCUUUCGCGAAAUCUAUCGUAGAACUGAUGUACGCAGGCGUGACGUACGAACGUUCACGGGGGGCAGCGAAUAUGGCCGAUUAGUUAUUUCGUAGGCCAGGUUUGUCCAUAGGAGCGAGAGAGACGGAAUCAUAGGGAUGAUCCAAGGACCGGCAGGGGGAUCUACCAGGCAGUUCAGUUACCCGAUCGAUUGAGAGCGGACGUGAUAUCUGUAUCAAUUGUUUCCUUUUUAUAUACUCUUUUGUAAUAUUGUUGUUUGGUUAAUUGGCGAUUACUUAAUAAAUAGUUAGCGUUGAAUUCGGAGUGUUUUUUUAUUGAGUGUUUUCUCCUUGGCGAAUUCUUCCCACAUCUCGAGAAGCGUCGUCGGUCAAGAGUCAGCUUAGCGUCAUCGAGAUUGGAUGCCCAAACGUCGGCUCAAGUCACCAUCUGGGCCAUCGCCGAAGAGAAAAAUGUGGAGGAGUGGUUGUGGCGCUCGUCGUGGGUGGAGUGGUCGGCACCUAGUGGCGAAGAAGGCUUUGCCGGAGUUCUCGCCUCCAGCGGUAGGAUCGCGGCUGGACAGGGUAGAAACUCUGGUCCAGAGAGUUUUUGAGGAACGAGGCAUUACCCCCACUCAACCGGAGGAGAUAGCGGAACCAUCUGUUCUUGGUGAUAAUUCUGUGGCCCGGUUGAGUGGUGAGUUGAAUGAGGCUGCAGCUGUUGAAGUGGCUGCUGAGACCAGUGUGGAGGCGUCCACGGACAAAAUUGUGGCCACUGGGGCCGUCAAGAAGGUACUUCGUCAGAGGCGUGACCCGUACCAAUUGGAACGUGCUCCCGGUGAGAGUGAGGAAGCGUGGGAGAGCCGUUUGGCGGUGGCCGACUUGGAGAGGACGGUGGCUCCGGUGGAACUGUCCCCGGAGAGAAGAGUAGAGCGGCUUCGACUUCGUCAGGAGUUCGAAGUCGAAUAUCGAAACCGACAUCCUCUCAAGUCGGAGAACUAUGUAAGUGGUGUGCCGAGGCCCGUGUAUAAACCGACGGCGUCUCACUUACCUAAGGAGGCAGGGGUGGCGGAGGUUUGCGCGAUCCAAACCUUACCGGCGCCAGCAUCUUCAGUGAUAAGUGCGAGUGGCAGGAGGCAGUUACCGGCUGUAUUGGCCGGUAUUAUGUUCAAGGGUUUGGACCCAAUACUGACGGAUCCAAGGUUGGACCCGCCUAUGAGGUCCUGCUUCAAUUGUUGGAAGAGAGGCCAUCGCCUCUCUGAUUGCCCAAAAGAAUGGGCAGAUUUUUGCAAAAACUGCGGAAGGAGGGAGGUGACCCUUAACACGUGUCCACGCUGCUCACGCGUGCAUGCCGAGUUCCUGAGUCAGCGUGAUGGGACCUCGUCGUCAAGGCCAUCUCAGCGGCUGGUGGAACGGGAGGACCCUCCACCAAGGAACCGUCGUAGUUCGCCGGUUCCCCAACAAGUUGAGCGGCCCCCACCUAGGGAGGAAAACGUCGAGCCUGAGGCUCGUGUAGUGGCGGCGUCUGGUCCAACCCUUCUCGACAAGCUGCGAGAGUUGGACCAACGUUUGGAGGGAGUUCCACAGGAACUCAAAGAGGAACUUAAAUUGGAGUUCCUCAAGGAGCGUCGUAGUCGACGCCACUAGUGUUGAUUUUUCUUUUUGGAAGGGAAGAGACAUGAAAUUCAAUUUUAAGUUCAAAGAAAUAUUAAUUCUGUCAUCUUCUUUCCUUAUUUUGCUAUUAAAUUUUCAUUUUAUUAAAUAAAAUAAAUAAAAAGCAAGUUUAUUUUUUUUUGUGAACUGUGUUAGAAUGCUUAUUUCCCCCCUUUUAAUGUUUUUUUUUCGUGGUUUGGUUUUUUGUGGCUCUUUGUGAGAUUGAUAGGCGAUAUUACUGAGAGUAACAUCGGCCUAGGGGAGGGGAUUGUAACGAAGCAUUCGUUAGUUGGGUUUUCGUCUUGCUUUUCUAUGUGGCAGUCAAAUUCAGUUGCUUUCGCGAAAUCUAUCGUAGAACUGAUGUACGCAGGCGUGACGUACGAACGUUCACGGGGGGCGGCGAAUAGGGCCGAUUAGUUAUUUCGUAGGCCAGGGUUGUCCAUAGGAGCGAGAGAGACGGAAUCAUAGGGAUGAUCCAAGGACCGGCAGGGGGAUCUACCAGGCAGUUCAGUUACCCGAUCGAUUGAGAGCGGACGUGAUAUCUGUAUCAAUUGUUUCCUUUUUAUAUACUCUUUUGUAAUAUUGUUGUUUGGUUAAUUGGCGAUUACUUAAUAAAUAGUUAGCGUUGAAUUCGGAGUGUUUUCUCCUUGGCGAAUUCUUCCCACAUCUCGAGAAGCGUCGUCGGUCAAGAGUCAGCUUAGCGUCAUCGAGGUAAGUGUGUUAGUGUUGGUCUGCCUCAACGUCCGGCAUCAGACGUUUAUAUGUUUUGGAGGAUCCCCUUUUUGAGAUUUGUUGUAUAAUGUGUAUUUUGAAUUGGCGGGUUUAGAUGCCCAGUUUAUGUUAAUUAUAAAUUAUAAAAACCCCGUUACAAUUUUGGCGCCCAACGUGGGGCGACGCCAAGACAUUGAGGCAGAGGAAAAUUUUUUAUAUGUGUAAUUAAAACUAUUUAUUUGGAGGUAUAUAUUGAUUUGUGAUUUUUUUUAUUUUAUUGAUUGAAUUUUUUGUGUAUUUUGUGUGGCCGUGUAUAUUGGGAAUAUACAUCGGGAAAUUGAACUCAGUGUGUAAAAACUAAUUUAUUCGCCAUGUGCUCGGACGUGACGUCACAUUGAGCGAAAUUGGCGGUAUCAGGAAUUACGUCAUCGGAACGAAAAAUCGAGCGCAAGUGUUUGUGGCCUUUUCGGUUCUGGUAAAACCUGAAAUUAGUUAAAUUAAUCAAGAAAAUUAGUAUUGAUUAGUGUUGUGUUUGUCGAGAUUAAUUUUAUAGGAAUUUUUUUUUCUCUCUCGGAAAAUUCUUAAUUGAUCGAAAAUUUUUUAUUAGUAGAUUAAAUAAUUUUUUUUUCUCGGCGUGUGUGGAAGUGACGUCAUUCGCGUUUAUAGUAUCGUGAGAAAUCUUUUCCGCGGGAAAUAAGAUUUUAGACGCCAUUUCCAAAAUUUUGUGUGAGUGGUGAAAAAUUCUUGCGAAGAAGAAUUUUAAUUUUUUUUACGACUUGUCGUGGACAAGUAAAAGAAUUUUAAAUUAUUGAACAUUUUAUCAAUUU